CUUUGGCGAACACCGCAGCGAUUGAGUGCGUGCGAGGGAUUUGAGUGGGUGCAACCGACCUAGAGAAUCUUCCGUUUACCGUCUCUUUCUUUCAGGCACACAUACCUUCGCGGUCAAUCGCAUCACAUCUUCUCUUCGUUUAGGCUACUCUACCCGUUCGGCGUAUUUCACUCGGAUAACUUCUCUCUAAAGGAAAAUACUGUUUAUGGUUUUGACCGAAGAUUUCAAGAUGUCUCGCACCGACGAGGUUCACCGCAUAACGGAGAAUGUCUACAAGUCCAUCAUGGAACAGUUCAACCCCUGCUUGCGGAACUUCGUUGCCAUGGGGAAGAGCUAUGAGAAGGCCUUAUCCAAUGUGACGUUUGCUGCUAAGGGCUACUUUGAUGCCUUGGUGAGGAUGGGAGAGCUGGCCAGUGAGAGCCAGGGAUCCAAGGACAUGGGGGACGUGCUGUUUCAGAUGGCAGAGGUCCACAGACAGAUCCAAGUACAGCUAGAGGAAAUGCUCAAGUCUUUCCACAACGAGCUGCUGUCUGAGCUAGAGAAGAAGGUGGAGCUGGAUGCUCGUUACCUGACGGCUGCGCUGAAGAAGUACCAGGUGGAGCACAAGAGUAAGGGAGAGAGUCUGGAGAAGUGUCAGGCUGAACUGAAGAAACUCCGCAGGAAGAGCCAGGGCAGCAAGAACCCCUCCAAGUACGGAGAGAAGGAGAUGCAGUUUGUGGAGACCAUCAGUAGUAAGCAGAGUGAACUGGACACCUUCAUAGCAGAGGGCUACAAGACUGCCCUGUCUGAGGAGCGCAGGAGGUACUGUUUCCUGGUGGACAGACAGUGUGCUGUGGCCAAGAACAGCAGUGCUUACCACGGCAAGGGUAAAGACCUGCUGACCCAGAAGAUCCCAGUAUGGCAGCAGGCAUGUUCAGACCCCAACAAGCUGCCAGAGCGGGCCAUGCUCCUAGCCCAGCAGAUGGGCUCUGGGUCCGGCACAGGCACUGCUUCCCUGAUCAUGGGGGGCUCCAGCCCCAUGCACACCUCCAAGUCUAACCUGUCCAACCUGGUCAUCUCUGACCCCAUCCCCGGGGCUCAGCCGCUCCCCGUCCCCCCAGAACUGGCCGUCUUCAUGGGUGGUGGGCUGGGGCACCAGGCGAGGCUGAUGGGUUCAGAUGGGAUGUCCAUGGUGAACGGUACGACAGGACUCCAUGGAGGGGAAGAGUACUGGACAGAGGGGGGUGUGUCAGUCUCCCAGCUCCAAGGAAGACCCUCCUCCCCCCAGGCCCCUUCCCUACCCCAGGGACAGGCCCCCACCCAGAGACAGGUCAGUGAGCACUACUCCAAUACCCUGCCCGUCCGCAGGCCCCAGCCUGCCAAGAACAAGACCUCUGUUGGUGAGACCCGUACCCUGCCCAGGUCUAGCUCCAUGGCUGCGGGGCUGGAGAAGAACGGUCGCGCCCGUGUCCAGGCCAUCUUCUCCCACGCGGCCGGAGACAACAGCACCCUGCUCAGCUUCUCUGAGGGAGAUGUCAUUACCCUGCUUGUCCCGGAGGCCCGCGAUGGAUGGCACUAUGGGGAGAAUGACAAGAACAAGAUGCGCGGCUGGUUCCCCUUCUCUUACACACGUGUGCUGCCAGAGAGUGAGAAGGAGAAGCUCCAGGUGAAUCUGCACCAUGGGAAGAGCAGCAGCACCGGAAACCUGCUGGAGAGCGACAUGUCUCUGCCCAUGCCUGACUACGGCCUGACUGCCCGCCUGCUGGCACAGAGCCUGGCACAGAGCAGACCCAGACCUUACAGCAUGGCAGGCUUUGCCACACAGCCUGCCCUUGAGGACUAUGACAGUCGCUUUGCUGCUGCAAGUUCUGAUCCCGAUGGCAAAUUGAUUUCGACAGUGUGAGAACAGACAGACAGAGACAGCUCCCUACCGGAUAGCACAGGGGUUUCCCGUCUCAUCUCCCUCUCUCUUCCCAGCCCCCCCUUAGUCUUCCUAGUGUAUCUCCCCCUCAGUCUCCCUGUAUCCCCCUCCUCCCCCCUGCUUCCACGCACUCCUUCUCCAAGUGGAAGAGCCCCGAGUCUCAUCCCUCCUUUCUGUCCUCUCUUCCUCUCCUCGAUCCCUCCUUCACUCCUUCCUUCCUUCCUCGGGUCGGUGGCGGUGACAGUGGCGGUUGGUGGGUGGAGGAUGAGGAGGGCGCUGAGAGGGAGAGCCAGGGAGGAGCCCGUCCACCAAUCAGCUUGCAGCGUUUCCCACUCUGAACUUUUGAACUUCUCUAUCUAAUCAAUGUCCGUGCGAGAGACAAAAUGGACACUACUAACUCUCAAUCUCAAACAAGAGACUGCCUUUGCCACUGCUUGUCUUUGACUUUCAUGCAUGUACAUGGUUGUGUCAUUUUGUUAAAUCUGAAAAGACAUGUUCAUGUACGGUACAAGUGCCAAAAAAAUAUCAACAUUGUAUUGUAUACAGUCAUUGUACUCACUCAGCCGCUGAACUGGACUGAACUGCCUUUUCUAAAGCACAUGUGGAACGACUAAACAUGAUGAUGGAGACUUUGGAUGUGUCUCAAAUGGCACCCUAUACCCUAUGUACUUUUGACCAGGGCCCAUAGGGCCUGCUCUAUAGGGAAUAGGGUGCCAUUUGGGACGCAACGUUGGUUUGCAGUGAGGCUGUGCAGAUAUUCUGUCUGUCGUUCCUUUGAUAUACACUAGGUGGUGCUGCACUCAUUGCCUGGUGUGAACUGUCAAUGCUGAAGUCGAUUUUAGAUUUUUGUCGACGGCAUCAUAUGCCUUACUUCUGAAAUGUUCCUUUUCUCUGUGGUAGUUUAAUGUGCAACUGAGGUUGUGGAAUAUAAAUAUCUUAGUUCAACUUGGACACCCCUUCAAAUUGUCACAAGAAUCGCUUUUGUUUUAUCAACUUUUGUCUGGGUAAUUAUUACCAUCCAUGACAUAUAUUUCAUAUUUUCCUAUUUUUUUAAUUCUUUAAAUCAAGAUGUUUAUUUUGAAAAGAGGUUAAAAAAAAUAUCUGCUUUCAAACUCCGAUCACACUACAAACCUCCAGUCCUUUCUAGGACCUCCUCCAAGCCAUCCCAAAAGUGGUCAGUCUCAAAUAUUCAUUUUUCUUGAAAUACUCCUUGGUGGACCUCAGAUUGGACCUUUUCUGAACCCUAAAUAUGCUCUUUCAGCAGUCGGGGUUAGUCAUCAUUGACCCCUCUACAACCUUUUGACCCUUCCAUGACCUUUGUCUAAUUUUCUCCAUAACUGCUGUGAUCUAGUUGAAAGAAAGUAUAAACAAAAUGUUUAAUAAUAGGAUUAUGAUCGUAUGUCCUCAGUGAUUGUCCUUUUUGGUCUUAAUUUCUUUGAAAAUGCGUUGUGUCAUUGUAAAAAGAUUUCCAGAAAAAGAAGACAAAAUAUUUAUUUGAAUAAUAUGUUAUUAUUAUUAUUAUUAUUAUUAUCUUUGAGCAUGCUACGGAGCAAUGAUCAGAAAUGUGAUACUAUUGAACUUUGACAUUGAAUGUAUGGUGACUUUUUACAAAAAGUAUUCUAAAUAAAACAUAUAUCCUAUAUAUUAAUAAACAGUUUGUUCAGACGAGAGAUCUGUUCUGUCAAAUUAAUGACUUAAAAAAUAUAUUUGAAAUUAUUUAAUUUGAAUUUUUUUCUAUUUUGAUUGACAUCAGUGUGUUUUGGACCAGUACUGGGCAAACUUGUUCUUUUUUCGGCCAUCUUUUUUUUUGUGAAUCAUCACUCGCCACAUAAUUUCCCACAUAUGCAGUAUUGUUUGUUGUCAUGGCGUCCACACCUCAUCCCUACCUCUCCCUGUCCACCUCAUCCUCUCCCUCUACACACUACCUCUGACAUCACAUAGUACUCCCAUAGCAACCGAGCUCUGAUCACCACCUCAUCAUGAUGUGAUUUGAACCAUUUGAGUAUCAGUGUUGUGGUGUGAAUGUGUGUUUGUGAAUGGUACUGUAGAUGUUCCUCUCCUUU